UGUUCUUGCUCUAUUACUUUGUUUCUACAUCACAAAUCGAAACUUUCUUCGCCACAUAAGUUUCGCUUCUUAUCUACCAUCCCGUGUACUUUCUUUUAAUGGUCAAGAGUGUAGAGGAAGCUAUAAUCUUUUUCUCACUUCCUGUUUUACCAUGAAGAAUAUUGCAGAAAGUGUACGAUCCAUUCCAGCAAGAUUCAUACUAAUCCUUCUAGUAGUUCUUGGUUCAUGCAGUGUAGCUUGCCAGGCAGAGGAUGAACAUUAUCAUCAUGACUGUAAGCCUUCUUCCUGCGGUGACAUCCACAACAUACGUUUCCCUUUCCGACUCAAUGAUGAUCCAAAGAAGUGCGGUGAGUCUAGGUAUACCCUCUCUUGUGAGAACAAUAUCACUAUAUUACACUUGUAUUCAGGAAAAUACUCUGUACUUGCCAUCAAUUAUGAAAACACAACGAUCCGAGUUGUGGAUGCCAAUGUUCGUAAGGGUAACUGCUCUUCAAUCCCUCGUUAUUCGUUGACCAGAUAUAACUUCAGUGCUGGGGAUCCAUAUAGCUUUACUCUAGAGAAAGGUAAAUCGGUAUGGACAUCGUUAUGGAACAUAUGGAACAGAACUAGCACCAACCUGUCCGAGUCUAUAACUUUCAUGACUUGUGAAACCCGGCCAGUGAAUUCAUCUCUCUUUGUGGAUACUGCCCCGUGCAAACUUGACUCAAUGAGUGGGCAUUCUUUUGUUGUGAUUGGAAACUUAAAUGCAUCAGAUUUGUGGGAUUCAUGCCAUAUACAACUUAUGGUUUUGACAUCGUGGAACGGCACAAAGAGCAUGAACAGGUCCUACAUAGACAUCCACAAUGAGAUGCUCUAUGGUUUUGAACUUUCAUGGUUGCAGAUCUACUUAAGCACAGACCAAUAUUGCCAUAUCGACAUUGAUACCAACAAAGUUGAUUGCGACCCUCUUCGUGCUACUCUGCUGUAUAUAUCAGGGUUAAUUUCAUCGACUCUACUCAUUCUAGCUGCAGUGGUUCUGUUACUUCUGUGGACUCUGACAAAAGCGGUAAUUGGAAUUCCUUGUGUGAUUGUGUUUCUAAUCUUCAUGUUUAAAAGGCGCCACUUAUCAAUGUAUGGAGGUAUUGAAGAAUUCAUACAAAGACAGUACAACCUCAUGCCAAUAAGGUACUCCUACUCCAAUAUCAAGAAAAUGACCAAAGGAUUUAAGGAUAAAUUAGGGGAGGGAGGUUAUGGCUCUGUGUAUAAAGGAAAGCUUCGAAGCGGUCGCCAUGUUGCCAUUAAGAUAUUGGGAAAGUCCAAGGCUAAUAAUGGGCAGGAUUUUAUCAAUGAAGUUGCCACAAUUGGAAGGAUUCAUCAUGUAAAUGUGGUGCAACUAAUUGGCUAUUGUGCUGAGGGAUCAAAGCGUGCUCUUGUAUAUGAGUACAUGUCAAAUGGGUCUCUUGAUAAACACAUUUUUUCUAAAGAAGGAUUCAUUUCCUUAAGUUGCAAGGAAGCAUUUGAAAUUUCACUAGGAGUGGCCCGUGGCAUUGAUUAUCUGCAUCAAGGAUGUGACAUGAAAAUUUUGCAUUUUGAUAUCAAACCACACAACAUUCUUCUUGAUGAUAACUUUGUUCCAAAGAUUUCUGACUUUGGGCUAGCAAGAUUAUGUCCAUUAGAUGACAGUAGUUUAACCAUGACUGCUGCAAGAGGAACCCUUGGAUACAUGGCUCCAGAACUGUUUUACAAAAAUAUAGGAGGUGUCUCGAGCAAAGCUGACAUCUAUAGUUUUGGAAUGUUGUUGAUGGAAAUUGCAGGGAAAAGAAGGAAUUUAAAUGCACUUGCAGCAAAUUCGAGCCAAAUUUACUUUCCUUCUUGGGUGUAUGACCAGUUCAGUGAAGGAAAGGAGAUGGAAAUCGAAGAUGCCACUGAUGAGGAAAGGAAAAUGACAAAGAAAAUGCUCAUAGUCGCAUUGUGGUGUAUACAAUUGAAGCCUGGUGAUCGUCCUAAUUCGAUGAACAAAGUAGUAGAGAUGCUUGAAGGAGAAGUUGAAUUCAUUCAAAUGCCUCCAAAGCCUUUCUUAUAUCCGCAAGACACGCCAGUAGUGGAUGAUGAAGAUGGUUCGGAAAUAACUUUGUCAUCAUUAAUGCCACCGAAAACUGAAGCUUAAGAGUAUUGGUUCAAUUCAAAAUCCAAAACCAGUGAUGUAGCACCAGUUAAUAUUUGUAUUUACAAUGGAGCAGGCAUGUCCUAUCAUGGAGUAAUAAGUGUUCUUCUAUACUUGGAGAAUACACCUCUGGUACUAGUUAACUUAAUUCAAUGCUCUCUACAGGUUUCUUUCGUCCGAAGCUCUGUAGUUCCUGUACUUAUCUGUAAUUUUCUGGAAUUCCUAUUUUGAACAUAACUUUCAGUUUGAGAUGUAUGGUUGUGAGAAAUAACAGAAUAAUGUAUAUUCUGGGUUCAUUUGUCACUCAA